AUGGUACACACAAGAAAUAAUGAGAAAAUAUCACUUUUUUCAAAAAGUUUAAUACUAAAGAAUGGCUUAUAUAUAAUAAAUGUAAAAAAUGACAACUUAAAAAAUUAUAGAUGGUGGCAAAGUUUAAUUAACCCUAGUGAUUCAUUCAAUCCCAAAAAAACAAAAGGGUUUUUAGUCUUGCGAUUAUUAUUAUAUGGAUACUUAAACAGAAUAAGUACGUAUAGAUCAAAUAAAGAUAAUGAUUUGAUGUAUCCUUAUUUAAAAAUUUUAUUAGAUAAUGCAGAAGUCUAUAGAACGAAAAUUUUAGAUAAUUCAUUAAAUAUAUGGGAUGAAAAACUAGAGUUACAAAUUCAUUAUAUUAAAAGUAAAAUUGAAAUUCAAUUAUAUGAUAUGGAUGAAACAGAAGGCAUAGUAGAAGAUGAAUAUAUUGGGAGUGCUUUUAUUAACGUUUGUGAUUUAGAGUUGUCAAAAAAAUAUGAUAUAAUUAUUAAAUAUGUUGACAAAGUUGCUAUAUUGACAGAUCCUUAUAUUUAUAAAAACAAAUUAGGAGAAGAAUCUAGCAAAAAAAAAAAAAGUAAUGCAAGUGAAAGUAGCAGUUACAUGAAUAGUAAAGUCAUUUUAAAAAAUGAUACGAAUGAUUAUAAUGUCCGUAUUUUUGCAAAAUUAGUUAACAAAAGUAAUUGUAGUAAUUCAAUUUUACAAAUGAAUACAAUAACUUCAUUAAAUUAUAGACAUAUAUUUAAAAAUAAUGAAAUAUUAGAAAAAGAUUUAAAUGUAAAUGAAUUAUAUGAAGAAAUAAAAAGUAUUAAACUAAAUAUUGAUACUAUUUGGAUUCCUUUUUUCUCUAUUAUAUAUAAUUUUGCUUCAUGGAAAACUCCUUUUUAUUCAAUAUUUUUUGUUUUUUUUUUCUGUUUCUCUUUUAUUUUCUCAAAAUUUUUUUUCUCCUUUUUUUUAGUUGCUUUAAGUUUAAUUUUCUUUAUUCUAGUUUGUAUUAUUAAAGAAAGCGAUAAGUUGAAAUCCAAAAAUUUUAGCAUUUUUGAAGAAAAAAAAAAAAAAAAAAAAAAGUGCGACUCUUCUACUUAUUUGAAGAAAUCAGAAAGAAAAUUUUAUCAAAAUAUUCAAGAUAAAGAACAUUCAAAAGAAAAUAAUUUAACAGAUGAUAUAACAAGCAAUACUUCUUCUUCAAAAGAUGGAAGUAGCACUGAUUCCGAUAACUCAAAUGAAGAAAGUUCAGUUUCAGCUUAUUACAGCGAUAAUAAUAGAAAUAAAAAAAAUGAUAAAGAUAAUAGAAGUGACAAUGAAGAUGAUUCUGACAAUGAUAGUUUUAAUAAUUGCACAGGUGAAGAUAUAGAUGAAGAAAAUAACUUAACUAUUAUUAAAACAUUUAUAUCUAGUGCAAUUGAUGAUGAUGUUAUAAACAAUAUAAAAUAUAUUCAUUAUAUUUUAUUUUGUAUCACUAAAUCAUCUGAAGUAUUUUUUUAUAUUUUAAGAAAAUUUGGUUACUUUUUAGUGAUUUUAACUUUAUUAUUAUGUGUUCUCAAUAUAUUUUUUUAUCCCUAUGUAUCUAGAAUAUUACGUUUCUUAAUUUUUUCAAGUGGUUUCAUUUUACUAACAUAUAAUUUCAAACCAACUAAUAUAAUUUAUAGGUUUUUUAUAUGUUUUCAAGAAUAUUAUUUCUUAAAAAUUAAACGAAGAAAUAUUGAUAUUUUUAAUAAUUCACUAAAAUUUAUUUAA